CUUCGUCUUCAUCGUCGUCAUCAUCAUGAUCCGAAAUCUUGCGACCCAUUCGCGAACUUCUUCGUUUCAUGUUUCCCGAAGAUUGGCAACAGCGAAGGCGGUGAUCGGAGGUGAAUCUAGUGGUAAUGUAAGUCACUGGAUAAAAGGGCAUGUGCACUAAGUUGUCGCAGUAAUGCACAUGCAAAUCGGCAGUGAUCCGGAGGGUUUCUAUUGGUUGGUUGUGAUGCCAUCUGCAAUGACACUUGAAUGCCGAAAGCCAUCAUCAAGUCGUGGUAGGGUCGAAUCCAGCGUAAAUUGAUCUCCCAUCGCCCACUGGUGAGUUAAAGUCAAUAUCCGAGGGUGAUAACGACGAGCAUGUUGCGCUUUGAAGUUGCAUGUGAAUGUGGGCAGUCAAAUUCAGCGUUAGAAGACAAUUCGGCGUAAGCUGGCCGGAUCCCGGGCUCUUUUUAAAGGAGGCUGAUCCUCAGACGACCCGGAUGAAAUCUUAUCACUUUCCGGAUGUGCGAGGACCGAGGCUGUUGUUCAUGUUGCACCAUGUGCGCCGUUAUGCCGGGAACAUACUGUAAGACAAUACAUGUAGAUUUAUAGACAGCAUGUACUGUAGGCUCUCGCCGAGUAUGUUUCAUAAAUGCGACGCCCUAAAACGAGCCGUCUGAGCGUGGAUGGUAUUUGGAGGACGAGAAAGGCAUCCUUGACGUGAUGCCUGGAUCACUCGGGUUCCAACCGGGUCCAGAAUCGGUCGUUGGAACUCACGACGUCCCGCGACGACACAGUUGCUUUCUUAGACGCACAACUUUCCUCGUCCACUCCGCAACUUCAUACCUCGGCGUUGACAACUAUGACCUCAAUCAUUAUGUGAGGCUGUCCCCUGAAAGUUGAGGGUGUUUUCCUCAAGGUAGGGGCAGUUUCGGGUUAUAGCAAAACUUUAUACAAGGUUGGGUUCGCGGCACAUGGUUCUUCCAUACACAUGUAAAGGGGCAGUUGUAUAGCAAGAGGCCAAACUUUAAGACUGACUGCCAGUGAAUAUACACUAUGCAUGUCUAGGCCCGUGAGACUUUUCACUUGCAGUCAGUAGCCCUUCAGUUGAGAGCAAAGCUAAAAAACUUCAACGGCAUGAUCUGAUCACUUGAAGUCACAAAAGCAAUUUUUCUUUGACAAAGUAGAGAGAAUGUUGACAACACCCUCUCUCUCUCUCAAGUUUCGGCUCCUCCAAAGUCUCUUUACAGAUCCUAGGGGUAACAUAAAUCAUGCUGAAAUUGCUAUCGGUGUCCUACGGGUAGUUCUAUAUUGACUGGUCUAGACGACGGCCAAUCACCCGAAUUGUACAUUACACACAGCUCACCUCAUGAGGAACCUGUUCGAUAUUCGGCAUCCAAGAAGCAGCUGUAAUGAACUCCUUGACGCGUGCCUUUUCCUCAAGCUGUGAGGCACCUACUGACUGACUCCCACUUGAGCUUCUUCUCUGAGCACGAGUCGAGUCAACCUCGCCUCUGUCUACGAGACCUCCACUUACGUUCUACACUCAGACUCGUGUCGAGAGAAAAGGCAGCAGCUUUCUUGCGAAAUCAUUCGUAAGUCAGUGAAAGAGAUCUGCCUCUCGGAUGUAUUUAGAUUGUGAUAAAGC